CUGGCAGAGCAGGCAGGCAUAGCGGCACCGGCAGGGGGCCAGUGGGUGACGCUUUCCUCCAGCCUAAGUUGGGGUUCGAGGGUUCAUCGAGAAGAUAAAGAGGGGUAUCGAGACGACAUCAAGAGAGUAUCGAGGGGAGAUCAAGAGGGCGAAGUCUCUGCCUCGUCAGGUGUGUGUGUGGCUCGGAGCAUGGUGAGAGGCUGCGCUGGUUGCCAUGGAGCUACAGGAUAAGAAGCAGGUGAGUUGCCUAGCGCCAAACGACGUCAGCUGGAUCCCUGGAGUGGUGCUAAACAGGGAGGCUCCUUGGGAUGUGUGUGUAUCUCUGUGUGUGUGUGUGUGUGUGUGUGUGUGUACGUGCCUUUGUGUGUGUACGCGCUUGUGUGGGCUGACUGAUCCCCACAAACUGCCUUCUAGCUGCUCCUUCAAGGUUUUUGAUGUUGGUCAAGAAAUGUAGGCUAUUCAUGACACACAUUGAAAUGUAUGUUUUUGGUCUGGUGUUACAAAAGACUGUACUGUCAACUCAUUAUCAUGAGCUUGUACUUUAAAAGCAUUGAGCUGAAUGUUUAUAAGUUGACAAGUGUCAGAAACCACGUCGUCCAUUCAUUCUCACCUUCCUCAUUCUCACCCUCCUCCCUUUCUAUUUCCGGCGUGUGCUAUCAGUCAUCGUCAGGGUCAGUAAUGCUUGUUAAACAUAGAAGUGUAGGAGCAGAUGCAUUUCACAAUGAGCUACUGGGUCAACAACAGCCAGGCAUGGGAUAGGGUAGGGAAUGGAAAACUGCCAGCCAGUUUAUUCAACAGGUUCAAAGUAGAGCACCUCUCUCCACUUCUAUCUCUCUGGUCCCACAUACAGUAUGUGCUAUGGAUUAUGUAAUUAUUAGCUCUUUUUUUGACUUUGCUCAAGGAGAGGAGACGCACAUGGAUGUUCUAGAGACUCUGGAGGUAGAGUAGAAUCUUAAGUGCUUUUACUGUUUUGCUUUAGGCCUUUGCCUUUUGACUAUGCUGAAAUUAAUGGGACAUUGAUGAUGUCUUGUAUUGUAGUUUGAAAUGGGGGGGGAUUAUUGGAGAGGGUCUUCUGCGUGGGGAGCGACCAAUGGGUGGGUUUUCCUGUGGAUCACGCUUUUUAUUUUACAUCCAUGGGCUUAUCAACACUAAGUUACAUUUGAGAAAAACAAUUGCAACACUAGUUAUUCUCUCGUGGAAGUUGAAAGGCCUUAAUAUUCCUAUCAAGUGUUCCAGCUGUCUUGAUAUUCUAGCAAGAAACCAGAAGGACCCACAUAAAAUAGUGAACCAUUUGUACAAACUGGCUGUUUUUAACAGCCCCAAACAAAACUAAAGGUGUGAUCAUAAUGAUGCAUAAGAAACUCAAUCACCAUUCUUGGUAAAGGUGAAGACCCAAGAAGGCAGAAUCACUUUCCUUAAAUUUAUCCGUAAUGGAAAGAAAAUUGUGUUUAUUAAUGUGUAUGCUCCAAAUUCAUAUUAUCCUAUGUUUUUUGAUUCUCUGAACUGCAUAUUGUUAGAAUUAACUGAAUUCCAUCUGGUUAUUGGGAAAUAAAUUAAUGCCAUUCUGGACAUGCAGGACAAAUCUGAUAAGGUCAACUACAAUCCACAGGCAACCAAAGCUCUCCAACAUAUACUUUCUGAUUACAACCUCAUUGAUGCCUGGCUAGCGCAUAACCCUAAUGCAAAAGAUUACACUUUCUAUUCAAACAGGCACAAAAUAUUCUCCCGAAUCGAUUUCUCAUGAUCUAAUGUGACAUAUGAGCCUAUCUGAUCGCCAUGCGUAUUACUGCCAGACACGCAUUUCAGAACCUCCUAAAAGAGCCACAGGAUGGUUUCCUUACUUCAAAAUCAUACUUUCUGUGAACAAUUUGAAACUGAAUUGAAUUAAUUCAUAAUGAUUAACAAAAAUUCAGUCUGAUCCUUAGAUUUUAUGGGAUGCCAUUAAAUGUUUUAUUAAAAACAAUGCAACUGCAUUUGCAUCUGGGCUGAAUAAAUCACAAUUAAAGAAGGUAUCAGAAUUGGAAAAGUUGUUAACGACGUUAGCGCGUUCUCAACAAACACUUUUAUUCUGACCAGGUAGCGACUACACUCUUCAAAGUCAAGACAGAACAAAAUCUAUUUAUAAGAAAGAGCAGAGUUUGCCAUCCAUCGAAUUAGACUCAACCAUUACUUCCAUGGUAAUGGACACAGUCGUCUACUGGCUAACAAGCUUCGCAGUAAGGCUCAAUUAGCGGAUAUUACAACUAUUGAAUCUGAAUUGGUUGAAUUACUAUUAGAACCCAAAUUAAUCAACCAUAGAUUCUCCUGUUUCUAUAAAGAAUUGUACACCUUUGAUUGUAAAUCCACAACAAGCCAGAUUGAGUCCUUUUUAAAAAGAUAUAAGAACUCCUCUCAACUGGAAAUGUCAACGUUGUGAAAAGAGUGCCACAUGGUGGCGGUGGGGUUAUGGUAUGGGCAGGCAUAAGCUACGGACAACGAACACAAUUGCAUUUUAUCGAUGGCAAUUUGAAUGCACAGAAAUACUGUGACGAGAUUCUGAGGCCCAUUUUUUUAAAGGUAUCUGUGACCAACAGAUGCAUAUCUGUAUUCCCAGUCAUGUGAAAUCCUUUGAUAAGGGCCUAAUGAAUUUAUUUCAAUUGACUGAUUUCAUUUUACAUUUACAUUUUAGUCAUUUAGCAGACGCUCUUAUCCAGAGCGACUUACAGUUAGUGAGUGCAUACAUUUUUCAUACUGGGGAACGAACCCACAACCCUGGCGUUGCAAGCGCCAUGCUCUACCAACUGAGCUACAGGGGACCUGAAUUUCCUCAUAUGAACUGUAACUCAGUAAAAUCUUUUAAAUUGUUGUAUGUUGCGUUUAUAUUUUUGUUCAGUAUAUAUGUCAAGAUAAGCAAGCCCGGAUAACAUUUACAAACUUGCAAAGCGGGAAAGAUGUAGGAGGACUAGCCGUACCAAACGUUAAAUUGUAUUUCCAGGCACUAGCGUUUCAUCCCAUCCUAAAUUGGUUUAGACAUAUUUCUUCUGCCCCCUGUUUGAGUAUAGAGAGAAAUAUGGUGUCGCCUAUUGCCCUGGAAGAGGUGGUCUUCACUGAUAUAUCCUUUAAACAAUGUAAACUAUGCUUUGGUCCUAUUAUUGCUCACACAAUCUCUAUUUGGCGCAAAUUUGGAAAACAAUGUAACUGGGAAUCAAAAUGGCAUGCCCAUACUCAAAUAUUUCACAUUAUACAACGGGUGGUUUGGAAUUCCCAUUGUUAGUGCCUCUCCUGCCCAUGAUAUAUGAGACAACAUACUCAUGGCGACGUUCAUAUAAAGUGGCAUUGUUUAUGUCGUUACCUAGCAAAGCGCUACCACUACUACUUUUACAACUACUAACCGUAGCACCUGUAACUCGUCAUGGAUGAUUUUAAUAAUCACUGAUCUGGCUUUCAAGUCUUUUUUUGUUACAAAUUUAACCAGAACCAUGCACAAUACACAUCCACUAAAUGACCAACUUCUGGUAGAAGGCUGGUUAAAUUUGUAACAAAAAGGGCAUUUUCAUAGACAGACUUGAAAGCCAGAUCAGUGAUUAUUGCAAAAAAGCAGGUUAAACUAUUUUGAUAAAAUAAUUACUUUUAUUACUGGGUCUCAUGAUUGUGGAAGGCUUAUAUUUAGCUUAGGUAUAAUCUUACAAGCCCUGAAUUCAUUAGAUUAUUCCUGACUGUUUGAAAUGCUGUGUUUUAAACUUUAAUUGUGCAACAAAGCUUAUUUAGAGAGAACUUUCAAAAAAUCUCUCUAUAAAAAUCUCUCUCUCGAUUUUGCAGGUUUUCCUACUUACAAAGCAUGUAGAGGUCUGUAGUUUUUAUCAUAGGUACACUUCAACUGUGAGAGACGGAAUCUAAAACAAAAAUCCAGAAAAUCACAUUGUAUGAUUUUAAGUAAUUAAUUUGCAUUUUAUUGCAUGACAUAAGUAUUUGAUACAUCAGAAAAGCAGAACUUAAUAUUUGAUACAGAAACCUUUGUUUGCAAUUACAGAGAUCAUACGUUUCCUGUAGGUCUUGACCAGGUUUGCACACACUACAGCAGGGAUUUUGGCCCACUCCUCCAUACAGACCUUCUCCAGAUCCUUCAGGUUUCGGGGCUGUCACUGGGCAAUACGGACUUUCAGCUCCCUCCAAAGAUUUUCUAUUGGGUUCAGGUCUGGAGACUGGCUAGGCCACUCCAGGACCUUGAGAUGCUUCUUACGGAGCCACUCCUUAGUUGCCCUGGCUGUGUGUUUCGGGUUGUUGUCAUGCUGGAAGACCCAGCCACGACCCAUCUUCAAUGCUCUUACUGAGGGAAGGAGGUUGUUGGCCAAGAUCUCACGAUACAUGGCCCCAUCCAUCCUCCCCUCAAUACGGUGCAGUCGUCCUGUCCCCUUUGCAGAAAAGCAUCCCCAAAGAAUGAUGUUUCCACCUCCAUGCUUCACGGUUGGGAUGGUGUUCUUGGGGUUGUACUCAUCCUUCUUCUUCCUCCAAACACGGCAAGUGGAUUUUAGACCAAAAAGCUCUAUUUUUGUCUCAUCAGACCACAUGACCUCCUCCCAUUCCUCCUCUGGAUCAUCCAGAUGGUCAUUGGCAAACUUCAGACGGGCCUGGACAUGCGCUGGCUUGAGCAGGGGGACCUUGCGUUCGCUGCAGGAUUUUAAUCCAUGACGGCGUAGUGUGUUACUAAUGGUUUUCUUUGAGACUGUGGUCCCAGCUCUCUUCAGGUCAUUGACCAGGUCCUACCGUGUAGUUCUGGGCUGAUCCCUCACCUUCCACAUGAUCAUUGAUGCCCUACGAGGUGAGAUCUUGCAUGGAGCCCCAGACCGAGGGUGAUUGACCGUCAUCUUGAACUUCUUCAAUUUUCUAAUAAUUGCGCCAACAGUUGUUGCCUUCUCACCAAGCUGCUUGCCUAUUGUCCUGUAGCCCAUCCCAGGCUUGUGCAGGUCUACAAUUGUAUCCCUGAUGUCCUUACACAGCUCUCUGGUCUUGGCCAUUGUGGAGAGGUUGGAGUCUGUUUGAUUGAGUGUGUGGACAGGUGUCUUUUAUAUAGGUAACGAGUUCAAACAGGUGCAGUUAAUACAGGUAAUGAGUGGAGAACAGGAGGGCUUCUUAAAUAAAAACUAACAGGUCUGUGAGAGCCAGAAUUCUUACUGGUUGGUAGGUGAUCAAAUACUUAUGUCAUGCAAUAAAAUGCAAAUUAAUCAUUAAAAAAUCAUACAAUGUGAUUUUCUGGAUUUUUGUUUUAUAUUCCGUCUCUCACAGUUGAAGUGUACCUAUGAUAAAAAUUACAGACCUCUACAUGCUUUGUAAGUAGGAAAACCUGCAAAAUCGGCAGUGUAUCAAAUACUUGUUCUCCCCACUGUAUAUACACUACCAGUCAAAAGUUUGGACACACCUACUCAUUCAAGGGUUUUUCUUUAUUUUGACUUUUUUACAUUGUAGAAUAAUUGUGAAGACAUCAAAACUAUGAAAUAACACACAUGGAAUCAUGUAGUAACCAAAAAAGUGUAUUUGAGAUUCUUCAAAUAGCCACCCUUUGCCUUGAUGACAGUUUUGCACACUCUUGGCAUUCUCUCAACCAGCUUCACCUGGAAUGCUUUUCCAACGGUCUUGAAGGAGAUCCCACAUAUGCUGAGCACUUGUUGGCUGCUUUUCCUUCACUCUGCGGUCCGACUCAUCCCAAACCAUCUCAAUUGCGUUGAGGUCUGGGGAUUGUGGAGGCCAGGUCAUCUGAUGCAGCACUCCAUCACUCUCCUUCUUGGUAAAAUAGCCCUUACACAGCCUGGAGGUGUGUUGGUUCAUUGUCCUGUUGAUAAACAAAUGAUAGUCCCACUAAGCCCAAACCAGAUGGGAUGGCGUAUCGCUGCAGAAUGCUGUGGUAGCCAUGCUGGUUGAGUGUGCCUUGAAUUCUAAAUAAAUCACAGACAGUGUCACCAGCAAAGCACCCCAACACCAUAACAUCUCCUCCUCCAUGCUUUACGGUGGGAAAUACACAUGCGGAGAUCGUCCAUUCACCCACACCGCGUCUCACAAAGACACGGCGGUUGGAACCAAUACUCUCCAAUUUGGACUCCAGACCAAAGGACACAUUUCCACCGGUCUAAUGUCCAUUGCUCGUGUUUCUUGUCACAAGCAAGUCUCUUCUUCUUAUUGGUAUCCUUUAGUAGUGGUUUCUUUGCAGCAAUUCGACCAUGAAGGCCUGAUUCACACAGUCUCCUCUGAGCAGUUGAUGUUGAGAUGUCUGUUACUUGAACUCUGUGAAGCAUUUAUUUGGUCUGCAAUUUCUGAGGCUGGUAACUCUAAUGAACUUUUCCUCUGGGUAACGCCAUUCCUGUGGCGGUCCUCAUGAGAGCCAGUUUCAUCAUAGCGCUUGAUGGUUUUUGCGACUGCACUUGAAGAAACGUUCAAAGUUCUUGAAAUGUUCCGUAUUGACUGACCUUCAUAUCUUAAAGUAAUGAUGGACUGUCGUUUCUCUUUGCUUAUUUGAGAUACGCUUCAAUGCACUAAAAUUUGUUGCAUAAACACAUUCAUUUUCCAUUCUAAACUAGAAUCUGCUGCUGAUGAAGCUGCAAUAUGUAACUUUUUGGGUGACCCGACCAAAUUCACAAUAAAAUGUGAGUUAUAGAUUUGUCAUUCUCAUUGAAUGCAAAUAUAAGAAGCAGUAGAUCUGUCCUAUGUGUGCUAUUUCUAUGUUUCCAGUUCUUACUUUUCGUUUUUGCGUCUUUUGGUUUUGUACACCCGCUUUAAACAGCUAAAAAUACAAUAUUUUUUGUUAUUGAAAAUAUAUUUCACAUCCAUUUAGAUGGUACAAUUAUUCUCUACACUAUACUUGCUUGAAAUUAGGCGAUCUAUUCGAAUUUUAGCAAUCUUUAAGCUUAGGGUUAGGUUUUUUGAAUGGAAAUAAAUGUUCCCCACGAGGAUAGAAAAACAAGAGUCAAAUUUUAUUUAUCACAUGCUUCGUAAACAACAGGUGUAGACUAACAGUGAAAUGCUUACUUCCCACCAAUUCAGAGAGGAAAAAAAGAGAAAUAAUAGAACAUUUGAAAAAUAAUAACACAAGGAAUAAAUACACAAUGAGUAACGAUAACUUGGCUAUAUACAUGGAUUAAAUAACAUUUUGUCUCAUCAAUCUACACACAAUACCACAUAAUGACAAAGCGAAAACAGGUUUUAAGAAAUGUUUGCAAAUUUAUUACAAAUAAAAAACAGAAAUACCUCAUUUACAAGUAUUCAGACCCUUUGCUAUGAGACUAGAAAUGGAGCUCAGGUGCAUCCUGUUUCCAUUGAUCAUCCUUGAGAUGUUUCUACAACUUGAUAGGAGUCCACCUGUGGUAAAUUCAAUUGAUUGGACAUGAUUUGGAAAGGCACACACUUGUCUAUAUAAGGUCCCACAGUUGACAGUGCAUGUCAGAGCUAAAACCAAGCCAUGAGGUCGAAGGAAUUGUCCGUAAAACUCAGAGACAGGAUUGUGCCGAGGCACAGAUCUGGGAAAGGGUACCAAAAAAUGUCUGCAGCAUUGAAGGUCCCCAAGAACAUAGUGGCCUCCAUCAUUCUUAAAUGGAAGAAGUUUGGAACCAACAAGAGCUGGUCACCCGGCCAAACUGAGCCAUCGGGGGAGAAGGGCCUUGGUCAGGGAGGUGACCAAGAACCCGAAGGUCACUCUGACAGAGCUCCAGAGUUCCUCUGUGGAGAUGGGAGAACCUUCCAGAAGGACAACCAUCUCUGCAGCACUCCACCAAUCAGGCCUUUAGUAAAAGGCACAUGACAGCCCGCUUGGAGUUGACAGCCCGCUGACUGUGAGAAACAAGAUUCUCUGGUCUGACAAACCAAGAUUGCACUCUUUGGCCUAAAUGCCAAGCGUCACGUCUGGAGGAAACCUGCCACCAUCCCUACCUUUAUUUAACUAGGCAAGUCAGUUAAGAACAAAUUCUUAUUUACAAUGAUGGCCUACACCGGCCAAACCCGGACGACACUGGGCCAAUUGUGCGCCGCCCUAUGGGACUCCCAAUCACGGCCCGUUGUGAUACAGCCUGGAAUCGAACCAAGGGGUCUGUAGUGACGCCUCAAGCACUGAGAUGCAGUGCCUUAGACCGCUGCCCCACUCAGGAGCCCUACGGUGAAGUGUGGUGGCAGCAUCAUGCUGUGGGGAUGUUUUUCAGCGGCAGGGACUGGGAGACUAGUCAGGAUCAAGAGAAAGAUGAAUGGAGAAAAGUACAGAGAGAUCCUUGACGAAAACCUGCUCCAGAGUGCUCAGGACCUCAGACUGGGGCGAAGGUUCACCUUCUAACAGGACAACGACCCUAAGCACAUAGCCAAGACAACGCAGGAGUGGCUUCAGGACAAGUCUCUGAAUGUCCUUGAGUGGCCCAGCCAGAGCCCGUACUUGAACCCGAUCGAACAUCUCUGGAGAGACCUGAAAAUGGCUGUGCAGCAUUGCUCCCCAUCCAACCUGACAGAGCUUGAGAGGAUCUGCAGAGAAGAAAUGGAGAAACUCCCCAUAUACAGUCAUGUAUUUGUGUCAUUCUCAAAAAUGUUGACCACAUUUUCACAAAGUCUGCUGCCUCAGUUUUGAUUAUGGCAAUUUGCAUAUACUCCAGAAUGUCAUGAAGAGUGAUCAGAUGAAUUGCAAUUAAUUGCAAAGUCCCUCUUUGCCACAUCAUGUCAGUGAUUCUCUCGUUAAUACAGGUGAGUGUUGACGAGGACAAGGCUGGAUAUCACUCUGUCAUGCUAAUUGAGUUAGAAUAACAGACUGGAAGCUUUAAAAGGAGGGUGGUGCUUGAAAUCGUUGUUCUUCCUCUGUUAAUCAUGGUUACCUUCAAGGAAACACGUGCAGUCAUCAUUGCUUUGCACAAAAAGGGCUUCACAGGCAAGGAUAUUGCUGCUAGUAAGAUUUCACCUAAAUCAACCAUUUAUCGGAUCAUCAAGAACUUCAAGGAGAGAGGUUCAAUUGUUGUGAAGGCGGCGUCAGGGCGCCCAAGAAAGUCCAGCAAGCGCCAGGACCGUCUCCUAAAGUUGAUUCAGCUGCGGGAUCGGGGCACCACCAGUGCAGAGCUUGCUCAGUUAAGGCAGCAGGCAGGUGCGAGUGCAUCUGCACGCACAGUGAGGCGAAGACUUUUGGAGGAUGGCCUAGUGUCAAGAAGGGCAGCAAAGAAGCCACUUCUCUCCAGGAAAAACAUCAGGGACAGACUGAUAUUCUGCAAAAGGUACAGGGAUUGGACUGCUGAGGACUGGGGUAAAGUCAUUUUCUCUGAUGAAUCCCCUUUCCGAUUGUUUGGGGCAUCCGGAAAACACCUUGUCCGGAGAAGACCAGGUGAGCGCUACCAUCAGUCCUGUGUCAUGCCAACAGUAAAGCAUCAUGAGACCAUUUAUGUGUGGGGUUGCUUCUCAGCCAAGGGAGUGGGCUCACUGCCUAAGAACACAGCCAUGAAUAAAGAAUGGUAGCAACACAUCCUCAGAGCAACUUCUCCCAUCCAUCCAAGAACAGUUUGGUGACGAACAAUGCCUUUUCCAGCAUGAUGGAGCACCUUGCCAUAAGGCAAAAGUGAUAACUAAGUGGCUCUGUCAACAAAACGUCGACGUUUUGGGUCCAAGGCCAGGAAACUCCCCAGACCUUUAUCCCAUUGAGAACUUGUGGUCGAUCCUCAAGAGGCGGGUGGACAAACAAAAAUCCACAAAUUCUGACACUCCAAGCAUUUAUUAUGCAAGAAUGGGUUGCCAUCAGUCAGGAUGUGGCCCAGAAGUUAAUUGACUGCAUGCCAGGGCGGAUUGCAGAGGUCUUGAAAAAGAAGGGUCAACACUGCAAAUAUUGACUCUUUGCAUAAACGUAAUGUAAUUGUCAAUAAAAGCCUUUGACACUUAUGGAAUGCUUGUAAUUAUACUUCAGUAUACCAUAGUAACAUCUGACAAAAAUAUCUCAUAACACUGAAGCAGCGAACUUUGUGAAGACAAAUACUUGUCAUUCUCAAAACUUUUGACCACGACUAUACAGGUGUGCCAGGCUUGUAGCGUCAUCCCCAUGAAGACUCGAGGCUGUAAUCGCUGCCAAAGGUGCUUCAACAAAGUACUAAGUAAAGGGUCUGAAUGCUUAUGUAGAUGUGAUAUUUCUAAAAUGUUCUAAAAUCAGUUUUUGCUUUGUAAUGAUGUGGUAUUGUGUGUAGGUUGAUGAGGGAAAAAUACAAUUUAAUACAUUUUAGAAUAUGGCUGUAACGUAAAAAAAUGUGGAAAAAGUCAAGGGGUCUGAAUACUUUCCAAAUGCACUGUAUAUUGAAAAACCAAAGCCUGUAACACACUUUAAACUUCAAAUUUCUCUAGGAGGGCCCUAUAGGUUGUUUAUCGUAAUGAACGAUAUUAGCAAAAUGUCAACGUUAAGUGGUUGGUUAGGCCAGUGUCGAUAAUUUUCUGUUUAUUGUCCCAGCUCUAUAUCAAGGUGUGGAUACCAAACGUUUUUUUCAAUUUCAACUUAUUUUAGAAGAAAUUAGGAAUUAUUUAAGAAAAGGGCCAGGGUGCCAAUAUAUUUGGCCACAGCUGUAUGUUCUAAAUUAUAUACUCUGUGUUUGACUCUAGUGUUUCUGUGGGUGUAUUCACACUGUUCUACUCUCUUCACCUCUCUGGAUCAGAACCAAAGUUCACGGAGGUCUCUCUGUCUCUCUCAUCACUAUCCCUCCACUGCUGCAGAAUGGGUUGUAUUAUGUGCUGUGUUGGCUGGAACGGAACAAAGCACAACCCUGGAUGGGCCAGUUUCUCUCUCUCUCUCUCGCUCUCUCUCUCUCUCUCUCUCUCUCUCUCUCUCUCUCUCUCUCUCUCUCUCUCUCUCUCUCUCUCUCUCUCUCUCUCUCUCUCUCUCUGUCUCUGUCUCUCCUGCAUCUCCUUUUUCCUCUUGCCGACCAUGCACUCUUUAUGUCUUCUGUUCUUUCAGCUUUCAUCUGUCUCCCCUCUCUUUUUCUCUGGACCAGGGUUCAGUGAGGACACUCGCUCCCCUCCCCUUCUCUCUGUCUCUCUCAUUCCCUCUGUUGGCAGACCUGGCUUGAUCACUCUCCUGUAUCAGCAGUAUCAUCUAGCCAGCCACUCCACAGACAGCGGGACAUUCAGCCAGAACAGUCUAUCCGGCACUCUGUGUUGGGCUGGGGUAGAGCUGGGCUAGGCAGAGAAAAGAGACAGGCUAGCAAGGCAUGAGGAUGCAGAAGCAGUGUCACCCAGGCUCUAACGUCAGUCCCCUGGGUGCACUUUCUCUCCGGUCAUCAGACACUCUCCCUCCCUGCAGAUCCUUUCUUUUCUCUCCAUCUCUCCUCACACACACACUUUCCGCACCUGGAUACAAUAUUAAUAUUUUCUGCAGAUCGAUGACAGGUUCACAGAGUAGACAACAGUAAGAGAAAGUGAGAAAGAAAAGGAACAAUUAUAUCAUGGUCCUGGAUCUGGAGCUGAGAACUUGGUUCCGGAAGAGGGGGAUAGUAAGUAAGAAGUCCUAAUGGGGAUGAAAGCUCCGUAGAGUUGAUGGGUGGGGAAGAGCAAUGAGGGGGAAAGUGUGUGUGUUUGGUUAAUCCAGGUCAAUUUGCAGGUGGGCGUAUUGUUUGUAGGUGCUUGGCUUAAAACAGGGUUUUGCGCAGGGUGCGUUUGUGUGUUUAUCCAUGUCUGGAGGGUUUUCUGCAGGCUUUCUUACUCUGGAGAAUUGUCAGUUAUUUAUAGCUGUGUGGAUGUGGAGCUUAAAAACCGCUGAGAUGAAAUUGUGUGUGUGUAUGGAGUGGGGGAGUGUGGGAAAAGAUUGGGUUCCCACUGACAUUAGAUAUGGUAGUUUCUCUGCAGUUUGCAUCACUUCCGUUGUGCAUAGAUGAAUUAUGAAACGUAUAUAGCAUAACAUAAUCUCUGUGGAUUAUCUUCAUUAAAAUCAUAAAACCAAACAAUCCUAUUGGCAGCAGUGAGUUUAGCUCCUUAGUGAUAAUACAAUUCAGUUUAGCUUAUUAACGAUUUAACAAACAAGAAUCUAUGAGAUUUGCUUAUUAAAACCAUAUAACAGAAGGGCAGAAAACCUUGGGGCAACAAAUGUGAACAAGGGGUAAUGGUUGAUUAUGCACAUCUGUUAUUUUAUUUUCUGUAAGGUGUGGGUGCCAGUGCAUAAGGCAAAGCAGCUAGCAAGGUACUGCUCUGUGUCAGCUGUCAUGGGCAGCCUAGCUAUAUGGAGAAGGUGCUUUUUGUAUCCAGUGUACAUGAAUCUGUGACCUAUUGAAAUGUUUGAAUCCUUCUUGACUGUAAUAUGAUUUCAUAGUAGAUAUGUGUGUCUGUGCCUGUGUGUUUCAGGAGGAGGGGGUGGGGACCCUGGGCUUGUCCACUGGUCAGGCUCUGGGGACACUGAGGGACCAGCUCACCACCCUACUUGACCAGCACCAGACCACAGGCCAUGGCAAACGACCCACUGCACAUGUAGGUACCACCACACGGACACAUACACACAGACGCACGCGCUCACAACACACGUUUGUUUUUCUGUCCUUGUGGGGACCAAACAAUUGAUUCCCAUUCAAAAUCCUAUUUUACCUAACCUUAACCCCAAACCCCUAAACCUAACCCUAAUUGUAAACCUAACCUCUAAGCCUAAAAUAGCCUUCUUCCUUGUGGGGACCGGCGAAAUGUCCCCACUUCUUGUUUUACUAUCCUUGUGAGGACUUCUGGUCCCCACAAGGAUAGUAUAACCAAAAACAGACACACACGUAUUGAGAUGUGUCAAACACAUGUUUUGUUUGUUGAUGUUAUUAUAGGAGCAGUGGGUGAAGAGCUUCCUUCACCAUGGCAACCGACACUCCUGUCUCCAUUGGCCAGGAGCUGCCCUUACACUGCUGGUGGUGGUGGGACUUCUCUGUUGUUAUGGCGACCAGCCGCACGGCAGGUGUGUUUGACUGUGUGUGUGUGUGUGUGUGUGAAUUAGGGCUGUGAUGGUCAUGGAAUUUUGGAUGAUAGUUAUUGGCCAUGCAAAUUACUACAGUCACCGUAAUAACCAUUCAAAUAGCAAACAAAUAUUUUUUGGGUAACGCUUUACGUGAAACCCAGUGUCAUAACACGUUAUGACAUGGUCAUAACCCUGUCAUGACCCAUAUACAGUGCAUUCGGAAAGUAUUCAGACCACUUCACUUUUUCCACAUUUUGUUACUUUACAGCCUUAUUCUAAAAUGGAUGAAAUAGUUGUUUUCCUCAUUAAUCUACACACAAUACCCCAUAAUGACAAAGCAAAAUUAUUUUUUGUGUGUGCUAAUUUAUCAAAAUAAAUGGAAAUAUUAAAUGUACAUAGUUAUUCAGACCCUUUACUCAGUACUUUGUUGAAGCACCUUUGGCAGCGAUUACAGCCUUGACUCUUCUUGGGUAUGACGCUACAAGCUUGGCACACCUGUAUUUGGGGAGUUCCUCCCAUUCUUCUCUGCAGAUCCUCUCAAGCUCUGUCAGGUUGGAUGGGGAGGAUCGCUGCACAGCUAUUUUCAGGUCUCUCCAGAGAUGUUCGAUCAGGCUCUGACUGGGUCACUCAAGGACAUUCAGAGACUUGUCCCGAAGCCACUCCUGCGUUGUCUUGGCUGUGUGCUUAGGGUUAUUGUCCUGUUGGAAGUUGAACCUUCGCCCCAGUCUGAGGUCCUGAGCGCUCUGGAGCAGGUUUUCAUCAAGGAUCUCUCUGUACUUUGCUCGGUUCAUCUUUCCCUCGAUCAUGACUAGUCUCCCAGUCCCUGCUGCUGAAAAACAUCCCCACAGCAUGAUGCUGCCACCACCAAUGCUUCACCGUAGAGAUGGUAUUGGCCAGGUGAUGAGCGGUGCCUGGUUUCCUCCAUACCUGACGCUUGGCAUUCAGGCCAAAGAGUUCAAUCUUGGUUUCAUCAGACCAGAGAAUCUUAUUUAUCAUGGUCUGAGAGUCCUUUAGGUGCCUUUUGGCAAAUGCCAAGCGGGCUGUCAUGUGCCUUUUACUGAGGAGUGGCUUCCGUCUGGCCACUCUACCAUAAAGGCCUGAUUUGGUGGAGUGCUGCAGAGAUGGUUGUCCUUUUGGAAGGUUCUUCCAUCUCUACAGAGGAACUCUGGAGCUCUGUCAGAGUGACCAUUUAGGUUCUUGGUUACCUCCCUGACCAAUGCCCUUCUCCCCUGACUGCUCAGUUUGACCGGGCGGCCAGCUCUAGGAAGAGUCUUGGUGGUUUCAAACUUCUUCCAUUUAAGAAUGAUGGAGGCCGCUGUGUUCUUGGGGACCUUCAAUGCUGCAGAAAUGUUUUGGUACCCUUCCCCAGAUCUGUGCCUCGACACAAUCCUGUCUCGGAGCUCUAUGGACAAUUCCUUCGACAUCAUGGCUUGGUUUUUGCUCUGACAUGCACUGUCAACUGUGGCACCUUAUAUAGACAGGUGUGUGCCUUUCCAAAUCAUGGAAAUCAUGUCCCCUACCCAUGGGGCGGCGCACAAUUGGCCCAGCGUCGUCCAGGGUAGGGGAGGGAAUGGCUGGCAGGGAUGUAGCUCAGUUGGUAGAGCAUGGCGUUUGCAACGUCAGGGUUGUGGGUUCGAUUCCCACGGGGGGCCGGUAUGAAAAAUAAAAUAAUGUAUGCACUCACUAACUAUAAGUCUCUCUGGAUAAGAGCGUCUGCUAAAUGACUAAAAUUUUAAAAUGUCCAAUCAAUUAAAUGUACCACAGGUGGACUCCUAUCAAGUUGUAGAAACAUCUCAAGGAUGAUCAAUGGAAGCAGGAUGCACCUGAGCUCAAUUUCGAGUCUCAUAGAAAAGGGUCUGAAACUUAUGUAAAUAAGGUAUUUCUGUUUUUGUUUUUUUAUAAAUUGAAAAAAAAUUCUUAACCUGUUUUUCCAUUAUGGGGUAUUGUGUGUAGAUUGAUGAGGAGAAUUAUUAAUUUAAUCAAUUUUAGAAUAAGGCUGUAACGUAACAAAAUGUGGAAAAAGUGAAUACUUUCCAAAUGCACUGUAUUUACACCUGUUGUGUUAUUUUAUGUCUGGCCAUGAGACCUACAUAAGAGUGUUUAAACCCAAAUGUAUUCAAAUUAAUUUUUCCCUGCCAAGAAGUUUCCUUUCAUUUGAAAGUUUGUUUCUUAAAUCCUUUGUUGUUGUAAUGAAUUCUUUACAGUCAUGUUUUUUAAAAUCAUAUUUUAAAUAACUUGUAGAAAAUACACUUUAUGACACAUGACUAUCCUGUGUCUCUUUACUUGGACUUAGAAAAUACACUUUAUGACACUGUCAAGAAGCAUUAUAACCAUCAUAGUAAUAUACAGUGGGGGAAAAAAGUAUUUAGUCAGCCACCAAUUGUGCAAGUUCUCCCACUUAAAAAGAUGAGAGAGGCCUGUAAUUUUCAUCAUAGGUACACGUCAACUAUGACAGACAAAUAGAGAUUUUUUUUUCUCCAGAAAAUCACAUUGUAGGAUUUUUAAUGAAUUUAUUUGCAAAUUAUUGUGGAAAAUAAGUAUUUGGUCACCUACAAACAAGCAAGAUUUCUGGCUCUCACAGACCUGUAACUUCUUCUUUAAGAGGCUCCUCUGUCCUCCACUCGUUACCUGUAUUAAUGGCACCUGUUUGAACUUGUUAUCAGUAUAAAAGACACCUGUCCACAACCUCAAACAGUCACACUCCAAACUCCACUAUGGCCAAGACCAAAGAGCUGUCAAAGGACACCAGAAACAAAAUUGUAGACCUGCACCAGGCUGGGAAGACUGAAUCUGCAAUAGGUAAGCAGCUUGGUUUGAAGAAAUCAACUCUGGGAGCAAUUAUUAGGAAAUGGAAGACAUACAAGACCACUGAUAAUCUCCCUCGAUCUGGGGCCCCACGCAAGAUCUCACCCUGUGGGGUCAAAAUGAUCACAAGAACGGUGAGCAAAAAUCCCAGAACCACACGGGGGACCUAGUGAAUGACCUGUAGAGAGCUGGGACCAAAGUAACAAAGCCUACCAUCAGUAACACACUACGCCGCCAGGGACUCAAAUCCUGCAGUGCCAGAUGUGUCCCCCUGCUUAAGCCAGUACAUGUCCAGGCCCGUCUGAAGUUUGCUAGAGUGCAUUUGGAUGAUCCAGAAGAGGAUUGGGAGAAUGUCAUAUGGUCAGAUGAAACCAAAAUAUAACUUUUUGGUAAAAACUCAACUCGUCGUGUUUGGAGGACAAAGAAUGCUGAGUUGCAUCCAAAGAACACCAUAACUACUGUGAAGCAUGGGGGUGGAAACAUCAUGCUUUGGGGCUGUUUUUCUGCAAAGGGACCAGGACGACUGAUCCGUGUAAAGGAAAGAAUGAAUGGGGCCAUGUAUCGUGAGAUUUUGAGUGAAAACCUCCUUCCAUCAGCAAGGGCAUUGAAGAUGAAACGUGGCUGGGUCUUUCAGCAUGACAAUGAUCCCAAACACACCGCCCGGGCAACGAAGGAGUGGCUUCGUAAGAAGCAUUUCAAGGUCCUGGAGUGGCUAGCCAGUCUCCAGAUCUCAACCCCAUAGAACAUCUUUGGAGGGAGUUGAAAGUCCGUGUUGCCCAGCGACAGCCCCAAUACAUUUUUUUUUAUUUAUGUAAUUAUUUUUUUAUUUUAAAUUUUUUUAAAUUUUUUUUAAUUUUUAUUUUUAUUUUUUUUUGUCAUUUAGCAGACACUCUUAUCCAGAGCGACUUACAGGAGCAAUUAGGGUUAAGUGCCUUGCUCAAGGGCACAUCGACAGAUUUUUCACCUAGUCGGCUCGGGGAUUAGAACCAGCGACCUUUCGGUUACUGGCACAACGCUCUUACCCACUAAGCUACCUGCCGCCCUAUACAUCACUGCUCUAGAGGAGAUCUGCAUGGAGGAAUGGGCCAAAAUACCAGCAACAGUGUGUGAAAACCUUGUGAAGACUUACAGAAAACGUUUGACCUGUGUCAUUGCCAACAAAGGGUAUAUAACAAAGUAUUGAGAAACUUUUGUUAUUGACCAAAUACUUAUUUUCCACCAUAAUUUGCAAAUAAAUUCAUUAAAAAUCCUACAAUGUGAUUUUCUGGAUUUUUUUCCUCAUUUUGUCUGUCAUAGUUGACGUGUACCUAUGAUGAAAAUUACAGGCCUCUCUCAUCUUUUUAAGUGGGAGAACUUGCACAAUUGGUGGCUGACUAAAUACUUUUUUCCCCCACUGUAUGCCAGAUAGGCCUAUCACGUACAUGCCCUUAUAUCAGUCAUCAGUCAAAAAGAGGGUGUCUUGUCCUGCUCCUGAAAUCUGCUCCUGCAUUCAUCCCAGUCAUUAGCAACAGAGCACUGGGGUAGGUACAUGUCUGACAUCAAUGUGUGCGUAAUUAAAAUGAAAAUGUAAUAUGGUCAAUAAAAAUAGACAGGUAGGCUAUGGUGUAAUGGAAUGUUUUGCCUUGUUUUGUGGAUUUUGACACUCUUACGUAGGUGUCAUAACAAGCCAUAAAAUAACUACCGUGGUAGGUUUUGUGGGGGUUUACACUCUUAUGUAGGUGUCAUAACUAGCCAUAAAAUAACGCAAUAUAUGCCACAACAGGUCUGAAUAUGUGUCAUGACAGUGUUAUGACAAUAUUAUCACAGGUAAUGUCAGCAGUUAUGACCGUUAUGACGCUGGGUGUCAAGGAAAGUGUCACCCUUUUUUUUUUUUAAGACACAUUUUCUCCUCUCCUCCGCUCAUGAUUGCAUGUGCUGCCAUAGAAAUAGAACUGGCAUCCCCAUUCAAGUCAAUGAUAGCAUAAUGUGUGGACUGGUGGCCAUUGCCGAGUGUACCCGUGGGAGCAAAGCAGGAAGUAAAAGCAAGAAGUGUACUAAUGCGAUGCUCCUCUAUGUGCUGUGAUUUGUUGAUUUCAACUGGAUUUACAAAAAAUACAUUCCAUUGCAUGAGCCACAUCAGUUAACAUCAUUUGAAUGAACAUUCUACAUUACCAUGGAAAUUAUUGCAUCAAAGUACCAGGCAGCCAUUGCGAGUGUAUCCAUGAGUUUACCAGUCAAAUUGCCAGGGUUAGAGGUUCCAUGCCCGUUCUAUUCAUUAUUUUUGAUGUGUGCUGCUGCUGAAGGGAGAGGGGCGUUGCCUAGAACAGUGUUUCCCAACUCCGGUCCUCGAGUACCCAUAACUACACACACAUUUAUUGUAGCCUCGGACAAAAACACCUGAUUCAACUUGUCAAGGGCUUGAUGAUUAGUUGACGAGUAGAAUCAGGUGUGCUUGUCCACAACAAAAAGAUGUACUGUUAUGGGUACUCGAGGACCGGAGUUGGGAAACACUGGCCUAGGCAACCGAAGACUCGUUUGCUACAACACAGAGCAGCAAAGUUCAGCAAGGAGCAACAAAGUUUCAUCACAUUGUUAAGAGUCCAUGUUUCCGCAGAUACCGACUCAACCUCACGAAUGCCUGGCGGUCCCGUCUUCAGUCAGCUGUUCAUUCUAUUUUCAGGAUGUUCUUCAUCCAUAACCGUCGGUUACACGGUUAUAGGGCAGUUGGGCCAGCCUUAGUGUUUAUUAGUUACACUGCUCCUCUGUAACUUCAACCCAAAUAUUCCUGUCAGAGAUACCUCAAGGUGAACUAAGGUUGUGAAACACAGGAAGACAAAACAGUGAGUGAAAAUUGACAUAUCGUCCUCUUCUCUCCAGUUCUGGGAUAGAGUUGGUGAACGCUGCGGCCCUCCUCCUGCUCUUCACGCUGAGCUUCAUGCUGAUUGGUCGACAGCAGAGGCUGAGGAAGACUGAGAUGGUGCACCGGCUCAACAGCAUCAUCAAUCAGCUCAACGGUGAACGGAAGAGUGGAGAGGGGGAUGGAGGAAGAAGGAGAGGGGGAGGAGAUAGGGAGGAGAAGAGUUGACAUUAGGACAGUUGGAGAUUUAAAUGGAGGGAAAACAUUGAGAAAUUAACACUACUUUACUUGAGGUUGGCAUGUUUCCACCAUUUUUGUUUUGUGAUCCUAUCUUUUAAUUUACCCUCCGCACUCUCCCUCCUCCAGACUACCUGUCGGGCUGGGCGGAUUUGGGUGAUGGGGUGAGGUGGUCUCCCUCCCUCUACCCUGACCUGUACACCCCCUCCUCCCCCUCCUGGUCGCUCCACUGGACCUACCGCGACUCCAAGCUGGUCAACCUGCCUGUGUCCCUACUGGUGGAGGGAGACGUCAUAGCACUACGUCCAGGAAAGGAGGCCUUCGCUUCCCUCAGAGGCAUCAAGGUAUGGAGAGAGGGGUGAAGAGAAUGGGAAAAGAGGGAUGGAGGGAGGAGAGGACGGGUAGAGGGAGACAUCAUAGCACUGAGACCGGGACAGGAGGGCAUUGCUUUCCUCAGAGGCAUCAGUCAUUUUUUUCUCCUGGCUCAAGGUAGAAGAGAUUGACUUCAUCACUACUUGUAUUUGUGAGAGGUAUUGACAUUUUGAAUGCACCGAGCGGUCUGUUUAAACUACUAGCACACAGCUCGGACUCCCAUGCAUACCUCACAAGAAAUGCCACCGGAGGACUCGUCACAGUCCCCAAGUCCAGCACAGUACUAGAUAGAACCAUGACUACAUGGAACUAUAUUCCACAUCAGGUAACUCAUGCAAGCAGUAAAAUUAGAUUUGAAAAACCCCAGAUAAAAAUACACCUUAUGGAACAGGGGGGACUGUGAAGAGAGACACAGGCACAGACGCAUGCGUACACAAACACAUGAUAACAUACGCACUAUACACACACGUACACAUGGAUUUUGUAUUGUAGAUAUGUGGUAGACGAGUAGUGGCCUGAGGGCACACACUUAAUGUGUUGUGAAAUGUAUUGUAAUGUUUUUAAAAUUGUGUAACUGCCUUAACUUUGCUGGAUCCCAGGAAGAGUAGCUGCUGCCUUGGCGAUCCAUAAUAAAUACAAAUACAAAAUCAAGGUACGGCGAGAGGAUGAGGUAUGUGUACACUACCGUUCAAAAGUUGGGGGUCACAUAGAAAUGUCCUUGUUUUCGAAAGAAAAGCAAUUUUUCUGUCCAUUAAAAUAGCAUCACAUUUAUCAGAAAUACAGUGUAGACAUUGUUAAUGUUGUAAAUGGCUAUUGUAGCUGGAAACGGCAGAUUUUUAAUGGAAUAUCUACAUAGGCGUACAGAGGCCCAUUAUCGGCAACCAUCAGUCCUGUGUUCCAAUGGCACGUUGUGUUUGCUAAUCCAAGUUUAUCAUUUUAAAACGCUAAUUGAUCAUUAAAAAACCCUUUUGCGAUUGUGAUAGCACAGCUGAAAACUGUUGUGCUGAUUUUAAAGAAGCAAUAAAACUGGCCUUCUUGAGACUAGUUGAGUAUCUGGAGCAUCAGCAAUUGUGGGUUCGAUUACAGGAUAGUACCCGCAAAACAGAAGUCUCAACGUCAACAGUGAAGAGGCGACUCCGGGAUGCUGACCUAGGCAGAGUUGCAAAGAAAAAGCCAUAUCCCAGACUGGCCAAUAAAAGAUUAAGAUUGGCAAAAGAACACAGACACUGGACUUUUUCUUUGCAAAUCUGCCUAUGUCAGCAUCCCGGAGUCGUCUCUUCACUGUUGACGUUGAGACUGGUGUUUUGCGGGUACUAUUUAAUGAAGCUGCCAGUUAAGGACCUGUGAGGCAUCUUUUUCUCAAACUAGACACUCUAAUGUAUUUGUCCUCUUGCUCAGUUGUGCACCGGGGCCGCCCACUCCUCUUUCUAUUCUGGUUAGAGCCAGUUUGCGCUGUUCUGUGAAGGGAGUAGUACACAGCCUUGUACGAGAUCUUCAGUUUCUUGGCAAUUUCUCGCAUGGAAUAGCCUUCAUUUCUCAGAACAAUAAUAGACUGACGAGUUUCAGAAGAAAGUUAUUUGUUUCUGGCCAUUUCGAUCCUGUAAUCGAACCCACAAUUGCUGAUGCUCCAGAUACUCAACUAGUCUCAAGAAGGCCAGUUUUAUUGCCUCUUUAAUCAGCACAACAGUUUUCAGCUGUGCUAACAUAAUUGCAAAAGGGUUUUCUAAUGAUCAAUUAGCCUUUUAAAAUGAUAAACUUGGAAAUGUCUAUGUGACCCCAAACCUUUGAAGGGUAGUGUAUGUCUCUCACCUGUAUUCACUCCCUAUAUCCUCAACAUCUCCCUUCCUUUCUCUAGGAUGAUGAGCAUAUAGUUCUGGAGCCAGGUGACCUGUUCCCACCUCUCUCCCCUCCUCCCUCCCCCCGGGGGGACCAGAAGAGGGGUCCCCAGAGCCCCCAGCAGCACCGCCUCUUCAGGGUGGUCCGCACCCCCAUCCUCGACAGUGUCAGGUGGGUAAUGCGUCCACUUUUGAGGCUGGACAGUCUGACAAACUUUGAUUGUGAGGUGAAUGAGUUUGGGGUAAUAAUUCACCACUAGCUAGUUUGCUAUCCAACAAUCUAGUUUCAUGUUCCUUCCUCCCGUCUUUGUUUCUUUGUUAGUACUUUUAUUUGAUUAUUUUAUGAUGUGAAGCACUUUGUUACUUGUAUUGAAAAGCGCUAUACAAAUCAAGUUUAUUGUUAUUGGAGGUCCAAGAAUUCAACUCAAGGAUAGUUUGCGCAAAUCAUGAAACUAGAGUCGAAGGAAGCCUGAAAUUGUCACUUGUGAUUGUGACUGCUCAGUGUGUCCUUUUUAAGCAGUGUCCCAUACCCAGAUUAAGCCUACUCUUGCACUAAACGGCAUGCUUUUCAGUCCAGGAUUAGGCUUAAUCUGCAUAGGUCCAGUAAACCGUCCCAUAAAGUUAUCUAAAAUGACUGACACCCUGGCUGAAUUCCAUUCUGUACUUUACAGGAACAGUCUGGACCUGGCUCUGUCUCGACCAAUCACAGCCCUGGAUAAUGAGAGGUUCACCGUGCAGUCCAUCAUGGCCAGGUUCGCCUGCCCUAUAGUACUGGUGAGACACAAGCACACACGCGCAUGCACAGUUUCUUUAUAUCUACUGGAUGCAGUCCUUCAUAUGUCAUGCCUCUCACCUUCUAUAGGUGGCGUUCUUGGUUGUGAAUACAGUGCGUUAUUUCUGUGACGCCCCCAGCCUCACUCCUGGACGCUUCAACUUCAUCCAGCUGCAGGUAUGGAGACUCAACACAUCUUCUUGGCUGGGCCUCUUCUCCUUAUUUUUCAUACAUGAUAUAGCAGGGUAGGCUUAACCUGUGGGGACAGAAUCUCAUCCAGAGAUGAUGUGAAAUAAAAUAUAUACCAGAAAUAGCAGAUUCUCCCUAUUGUAAUAAGUGUUGUGUUGUGUGUAUUCCAGCUGAUGGGAGUGCUGCCCAUCCUUCCCCUUCUGUUUCCUGUCAUGUGGGUGCUGGUCAAUGCCUAUGGAGAGGCUAGCGUCCUGGCUGAGUCCAGCAGAGCUUCUCCUACUGGCCUGGUGAGACACACAUGCGCAUACACACACACACGCACGUGCCAUGCGAGACACAGAGGCUCCUGUGUGGUUUAACUAGCCUCUUCUCUCACCCCAGCUUGCUAAGUUCUCUGAGGAUACUCUAAGCAGCUACACUGAAGUGGUGUCCUCCCAGGUAUAACCUCUCAACUCCUCCCUUCUUGCCCUCCCCCCUGUCCUCACGCUGCCCGCUCUCGCCACUGCACCUCCCACCAUGAAACCCUGUACGCAGCUCACACACACACCCUCACUCAUCUUCUUUUGUUGUUCGAGUUUAGGACUCCAAUCAUCUAUUUAGUUUGGCAUCCUUUCUCUUAUUUUAUUAAUUUUCUUCAUCUGGCAUGACGAGAUACACUACCGGUCAAAAGUUUUAGAACCCCUACUCAUUCAAGGGUUUUUCUUUAUUUUUACCAAAAAGUGUUAAACAAAUCAAAAUAUAUUUUAGAUUAUUCAAAUUAGCCACCCUUUGCCUUGAUGACAGCUUUGCACACUCUUGGCAUUCUCUCAACCAACUUCAUGAGGAAUGCUUUUCCAACAGUCUUGAAGGAGUUCCCACAUAUGGUGAGCACUUGUUGGCUGCUUUUCCUUCACUCUGCGGUCCAACUCAUCCCAAACCAUCUCAAUUGGGUUGAGGUCGAGUGAUUGCGGAGGCCAGGUCAUCUGAUGCAGCACUCCAUCACUCUCCUUCUUGGUAAAAUAUCCCUUACACAGCCUGGAGGUGUGUUGGGUCAUUGUCCUGUUGAAAAACAUAUGAUAGUCCCACUAAGUGCAAACCAGAUGGGAUAGCGUAUUGCUGCAGAAUGCUGUGGUAGCCAUGCUGGUUAAGUGUGCCUUGAAUUCUAAAUAAAUCACUGACAGUGUCACCAGCAAAGCACCCCCACACCAUCAAACCUCCUCCUCCAUGCUUCACGGUGGGAACCACACAUGCGGAGAUCAUCCGUUCACCUACUCUGCGUCUCACAAAGACACGGCGGUUGGAACCAAAAAUCUCAAAUUUGGACUCAUCAGACCAAAGGACAGAUUUCCACCGGUCUAAUGUCCAUUUCUCGUGUUUCUUUUCCCAAGCAGGUCUCUUCUUCUUAUUGGUGUCCUUUAGUAGUGGUUUCUUUGCAGCAAUUCAACCAUGAAGGCCUGAUUCACGUAGUCUCCUCUGAACAGUUGAUGUUGAGAUGUCUGUUACUUGAACUCUAUGAAGCAUUUAUUUGGGCUGCAAUUUCUGAAGCUGUUAACUCUAAUGAACUUAUCCUCUGCAGCAGAGGUAACUCUGGGUCUUCCAUUCCUGUGGCAGUCCUCAGCCAGUUUCAUCAUAGCUCUUGAUGGUUUUUGCGACUGCACUUGAAGAAACGUUCAAAGUUCUUGAAAUGUUCAGUAUUGACUGACCUUCAUGUCUUAAAGUAAUAAUGGACUGUCGUUUCUCUUUGCUUAUUUGAGCUGUUCUUGCCAUAAUAUGGACUUGGUCUUUUAUCAAUAGGGCUAUCUUCUGUAUACCAACCCUACCUUGUCACAACACAGCUGAUUGGCUUAAGAAAUUCCACAAAUUAACUUUUAACAAGGCACACCUGUUAAUUGAAAUGCAUUCCAGGUGAUUACCUCAUGAAGCAGGUUGAGGGAAUGCCAAGAGUGUGCAAAGCUGUCAAGUCAAAGGGUGGCUACUUUGAAGAAUCUCAAAUAUAAAAUAUUUUGAUUUGUUUAACACUUUUUUGGUUACUACAUGAUUCCAUAUGUGUUAUUUCAUAGUUUUGAUGUCUUCACUAUUAUUCUACAAUGUAGAAAAUAGUAAAAAUAAAAAAAAACUUGAAUCAGUGGGUGUUCUAAAACUUUUGACCGGUAGUGUAUCUUGUCUCUUCGGCAUUUCUAUCUGUCAGCCAAUCAGAUCUUCCCUGAUGGGAGGGCAAAUUUGACUAAUCUUCUUUUUGCAAUUUGUCCUCAUAACAUUUCUUCACCUGAUCACGUAACGCUUCGACCCCCACGAACCUCAGUCCCCACCAGCCCCCUGCUCUGUUACUGACACAUUGGCCCAGUCAUGAACUAACCGCCAGCCCCCUUCCCGCUAUAAGGGGAAGGGCUCGAGCUUGGUUCUGGAUUGGCCCCUAGCCUGUGCCUGCCACCUCUGCUCGCCUGCUUGCAAUGCAUGAUGGCAAAAUCAGCCCCACUAGCUGUCUCCUUUUACUCUCAAACAGCUUCCUUUCCUCAUGUCCUUUCCUCAAGUGCUUUACUUGAUGAUCACUAAUCUGGACAGGACGUAAUUGGUGGGAGUAAUAUGAUUUCAUAAGGAAAGGAAGCAUCUGAGAGUAUUAGGUCAGACACAAGACGUCUACCAAUACGGUGUUUACUCGCAUUGAGGUUCCAAACCUUUUGGGAAAGUUUGAGGUGUUCUUGAGAUGAUUUAUUUUCCACUUUGCCACUAGUAAUACAGCUCACUAUACUGUAGAUGCUACUGCCUGCAACAGAGCAUAAAGGCUAUUUAAUGUGCUUCGUCUAACCCUGCAGUCUGUCCUCCCAUACUAUGGUAUCAGCUCUACUCAAUUGUCUUAGUUGCAAGUCUUGACUGAUUGAAUGUUUUUCGGUAGGCCCUGCCUUUUCACUUUGAAAAAGUCGUUCUUUCAUGAAAAUUAGCUUUUUAAAGACAUUAUUAUGGAUUUCAAUGUGUCAAUAGUGUGCAUAGUCUUUGGAAUUUCUGCAGGUUUUUGAUUGAGGAAUAUAAUGAUGCUUACAGUGCAUCCGGAAAGUAUUCAGACCCCUUGACUUUUUCCACAUUUUGUUACAUUAGUCUUAUUCUAAAAUGGAUUAAAUUGUUUUUUUUCCCUCAUCAAUCUACACACAAUACCCCAUUAUGACAAAGCAAAAACAAGUUUUUAGAAAUUUUAGCAAAUGUAUUAAAGAUAUAAAACUGAAAUCAUGUUUACAUAAGUAUUCAGACCGUUCACUCAGUAAUUUGUUGAAGCUCCUUUGGCAGCGAUUACAGCCUCAAGUCUUCUUGGGUAUGACGCUACAAGCUUGGCACACAUGUAUUUGGGGAGUUUCUCCCAUUCUUCUCUGCAGAUCCUCUCAAGCUCUGCGAUGUUGGAUUGGGAGCGUCGCUGCACAGCUAUUUUCGCGUCUCUCCAGAAAUGUUCGAUCGGGUUCAAGUCCGGGCUCUGGCUGGGCCACUAAAGGACAUUCAGAGACUUGUCCCGAAGCCACUCUUGCAUUGUCUUGGCUGUGUGCUUAGGGUCGUUGUCCUGUUGGAAGGUGAACCUUUGCCCCAGUCUGAGGUCCUGAGUACUCUGGAGCAGGUCUUCAUCAAGGACCUCUCUGUACUUUGCUCCGUUCAUCUUUCCCUCAAUCCUGACUAGUCUCCCAGUCCCUGCCACUGAAAAACAUUCCCACAGCAUGGUGCUGCCACCACCAUGCUUCACCGUAGGGAUGGUACCAGCUUUCCUCCAGACGUGACGCUUGGCAUUCAGGCCAAAGAGUUUAAUCUUGGUUUCAUCAGACCAGAGAAUCUUGUUUCUCAUGGUCUGAGAGUCCUUUAGGUGCCUUUUACUGAGGAGUGGCUUCUGUCUGGCCACUCUACCAUAAAGGCCUGAUUGGUGGAGUGCAGCAGAGAUGGUUGUCCUUCUGGAAGGUUAUCCCAUCUUCAAAGAGAAACUCUUGAGCUCUGUCAGUGACCAUCGGGUUCUUGGUCUCCUCCCUCACCAAGGCCCUUAUCCCCAAAUUGCUCAGUUUGGCCGGGCGGCCAGCUCUAGGAAGAGUCUUGGUGGUUCCAAACUUCUUCCGUUUCAGAAUGAUGGAGGCCACUGUGUUCUUGGGGACCUUCAAUGCUGCAGAAAUGUUUUGGUACCCUUCCCCAGAUCUGUGCCUCAACACAAUCGUGUCUCGGAGCUCUACGGACAAUUCCUUCGACCUCAUGGCUUGGUUUUUGCUCUGACAUGCAUGUCAACUGUAGGACCUUUAUAUAGACAGGUGUGUGCCUUUCCAAAUCAUGUCCAAUCAAUUGAAUGUACCACAGGUGGACUCCAAUCAAGUUGUAGAAACAGCUCAAGAAUGGUCAAUGGAAACAGGAUGCACCUGAGCUCAAUUUCGAGUCUCAUAGCAAAGGGUCUGAAUACUUAUGUAAAUGUGAUAUUUCUGUUUUUUAAAUUCUAAAACCUCUAUUUUUGCUUUGUCAUUAUGGGGUAUUGUGUGUGUGUGUGUGUAUAUUGAUGAGGGGGAAAAAACGAUGUAAUCCAUUUUAGAAUAAGGCUGUAACGUAACAAAAUGUGGAAAAGGUCAAGGGGUCUGAAUACUUUCCGUAUGCACUGUAUCUUCACCAUUCAUUUCAGAUUGAGAUCUACACAACCAAUGUUGAGGGAUGUGCACUCUUCAACAUUAGACCAGAUUUGAGAUAUUUUUUUAAAUGUCUGACAAACACAAAAUUGAGUCAUCUAUGACUUGUAUAUCUAUCUUUUCAGUAGUGUGAAAAUGUGAUGUAGCGUAACUGUGUGUGUGUGCAUGUGCAGGAGAUGCUGCGGUGUGUGUGGAGACACCUGGUGGGGAUGCUGAAGGGAGAGUCCCAGACACUCUGCUACACCUCCAGCCUGCUACACACACUAGGCUCUGUCACUGUAAGUACUAGUUUGUAUGUGUGCACAUGCGUGCAUGUGCGUGUAACCCUCGCUCUCUCUCUCGCUCUCUCUAGGUGUUGUGUGGACAAACAUUAUAUAUUAUCCUUCCUAACCCCAGUAUAACAUGAUAUAUUAUCCUUCCUAACCCCAGUAUAACAUUAUAUAUUAUCCUGCCUAACCCCAGUCCAUAGACAGUGUUGUUCUUCAGUGUGUGUGUAUAACAGUGUUCAUUUUGGCACUCUUAUGCUGUUCGAAUACCCAUACUAACAUACUGUAUACUACAUAAUGAGUAUAUACUACAUACUAUAUACUAUUAGUUCAUUUUAGUAUACUGUAAACGAACGGUAUCGUUUCAGUUGAGCGUACUAGAGCUUCGCCCGUCUACUGGAAGUUGAUGCUGUUGCUAUGCAACCUCUUGCUCGCUUGUUAGCAUAACAAAUGACUAGCUAAACAUUUUACGAUUUUAGGUGUCUUUAUAAAUUCAAUCUGGAGUGCCAGAGUGCGCUCUGUGCGUUCGUAAAUCUUUUCGCUCUCGGAGCGUUCAGAGCGCACACUGGACGCUCUGGCCGAGGAGUAGGGUUGACACAAAUGAGAGAACACCUCACUCUGACCAUUUUACUCGCCCUAGCAGAGCUGGUUAGGCUGUUUUCAUGUUAUCAAUAGCGUUGGUGACUUAAACUGUGCUGCUGGCCACAAUUUAAUGACGCUUUUUUUUGCUGACGUUUACUGACACCGGCCAUAUUCAACGGGUGUUGAGCGUUCGUAAAUUCAUUAGUUAUUCUGCGUGAGAGUGCUCUGAAAUCGGAGUAGAUAGCCAGAAUUGACAAUGUCCAUUGAAACGCACAACGACCAUACCACUUAGCUAAGAAUGAUGUGAAUAAUCAAGUCAUUAAACGUUGGGUAGUUAGUUAGAUAGCAGAUAGUUAAUAUACUGCCUGGCAAGUUUGAUGUAUUAGUAGCCAACUAACGUUAGGUAACUAGCUAACAUACCGGUACAUACUGCUGUAAUGCUAUGCGGUUCAAAAGGAUAGCGUAGCUAACAAAUUGUCAGCCAACAUAACGUGUAACGUAACUUAUUUGAAAAAUCAUUACUUUAUUACUCUGCAUGUAUACUUCGUAUUUUGGCGAAUUUAGUACGACAUCCUGGAACUUUUGGCAUACUAACUAUAUCCAUACUAUGACCAAUAAGCAUACUAUAUGCUCAAUUCACAUUACAAGUAGUGCGGUAAGUAUGAGUUUUCGAACACACCUUUAUUUAAUUUUUUGGGGAGACCAACUUUUUAUUUAGUUUGGUACAUUUUUUCAGAGGGGGGUUAUAGGUAUAAAAACAAUCAAAGAAAUGCAUACAAAGAUAACCCCAACCCAUUGAAUUGUAGGUUGACAAUAAGGUAUUGUUAUAUUUUACUUUUUAACUAGGGUUCCAGAAUGUUAUGAAUUUUGUUGUUCAAUAGAGAUUAAUUUGCCUACAUCUUUAUCAGGGUUUCCGUUUGGAAAAUGUGGCGCAGGACAUUUGACAGGGUACAUUUGAAUUUACCAGACAUUUUAAAUAUUUACCGGACCCAUAUGCAUUGGGUGUGUAACCUGAUUAGGCCCUCUACCCACUGUGCUCAGAAUGACAGAAACCACAUUUAGAUUAUGGUCAUUCAUAUUAACCGCUUAAGGAUCGGACCCUUUUUUUCUCAAUUUUCACCUAAAAUGACAUACCCAAAUCUAACUGCCUGUAGCUCAGAACCUGAAGCAAGGAUAUGCAUAUUCUUGAUACCAUUUGAAAGGAAACACUUUGAAGUUUGUGGAAAUAUGAAAUUAAUGUAGGAGAAUAUAACACAUUAGAUCUGGUAAAAGAUGUAAUUCAAGAGAAAGGCCACAAUAAUAUUGCAGUUUAGGCACAAUUUCGAUUUUGGCAACUAGAUGGCAGCAGUGUGUGUACAAAGUUUCAGAUUGAUCCAGUGAAGCAUUGCAAUACUGAAUUAUUUUGUAUCAAGUCUGCCCAAAUGUGCCGAAUUGGUCAAUUUAUACAUUUUCAAGUACAUAACUAUAGAGAACAUACAAAAAUGAUAUGGUAAUACAAAAUGUAAGUUUACACACUCCCAGGAAUGUCAUGCAUGAUGGAACAUUAGCUUAUACACUAACUUUCACACAUGUAGAUAGCCGGGCAGGGUGGGUGUGGAGCCAGAGACAGCAGGGGUUCAAACUGUAGAACCCAGUUCCUACAUUUGAAUAUAAAAAUUGAUUUUAUCAAACAAACUAUGCUACAUUUUAACUCUGGGAGUAAAUCAGAGCAAUAUUACUGAAUGUAAGUAUAUUAUUUACCUUCAGAGGUGAAUGUAUCAAAACCAGUUGCCGUGAUAAGUUUUUUGUUGUUGUGCACUCUCAAACAAUAGCAUAGUAUUUUUUCACUGAUAGCUACUGUAAAUUGGACAGUGCAGUUAGAUUAACCAGAAUUUAUGCUUUCUGCCCAAAUAAGACAUGUCUAUGUCCUGGAAAGUUUGCUGUUACUUACAAUAGUCAUGCUAAUCACAUUAGCGCACGUUAGCUCAACUGUCCCGUAUAUGGGACACCGAUCCCGUAGAGGUUAACAGAAAAUGCAAGUUCCAGGAUGCAACAAUGGGCCCCAUGGGUCUCCCGGUCGCGGCCGGCUACGACAGAGCCUGGAUUCGAACCAGGAUCUCUAGUGGCACAGCUAGCACUGCGAUGCAGUGCCUUAGACCACUGCGCCACUCGGGAGACCAAAUCAAGUUUUGAAACUUUUGAGACAAGUGACCGUGUAAUGAAUGUUCAGCUCGCACUGAUGAGACCAAAUCAAUUGUUUUACUUGCACAGCCAAGUCAAAAGGUUGCAAAAUGCUACUAAAUGGUCGCAGUCUGGAGCCCUUCCCCUUGACAUUCUGUAGCUAUAUUAUAAUCAAAGUUCUGUCAUAAGUAGUGGCUAGGGCUGUUACGGUGACACAUAUUACCGCCACACCGGUGGUCACGAGUCAUGACUGCAGUCAAAUUCCUCGUGAUUUAGUCACGGUAACUAAACUUCUCUAAAACUGUGCAGUUGAUGGUCAUUAGUAGCCUACCAAUCUUGCUAACUGCCAGUCACUAAUGACCUGGUAUUCAGCUCUCUACUGUCCCUCUAAUCACGCUGACAUCAAUGCAAAUGCAAUCGAAAAUCAAAACAAACACUUCAUGAGAGCCCAUGAGGUCAUGUUGCACAACAUUUCUAUAGGCUAUGCAAUUGCGUGAGAAAACAACAGAGUUUUGAUGGCCUCUAUUAAAAAGAGGAGGAGCCCAUCAGCUUUCUAUAGGCUGGGCCUAGGUUACUAUAUUUAUUUCUCAACUUUCCUAAUAUUAAUAUAUUACACAUUAGCAGAAUCUUUUUUAAUACGACAAAUUACAGGGUAGCCUGCUCUGCUGACAUUGACAAACGGAUUCAAUAAAAAUGAUGUUGUCCAUAUAAUAGGCCUACGAGAAGGGGAGACACAAAUGGAAUAUGACAUCCAUCUAAACUGGAGGAGGAAAUUAUUGUCCAAAAACAAACUUUUAAGUAGCACUGAUCCAACAAUGAUAAAUAGUGAUUAUGUGCAGUGCGCACUCACCGGGGGUAUUGUCGAUGCUCUCCGCUGGUGCCAAUAAGAUAGGCUAAAUUGUUGUUCGCUCAAUUAUGUUGAGAAUUGUUAUAACUAAAAGACAGAUUAGUAUUUUCAUUGUCUUCUCUUUACAGCAAUAACCAUUUGCUUUCCAAACUAUGUUUUCCCGUGAUUAGCUUCCCCUAGCCUAAUGGACUCGCCGCCUAUUCUUGCAUAUUAAAAAGGUAACGGCAUGUAACCUCCAUUCGCUAUUCGAGUGCAGGCUAUGGAUGACGUAUUUUUUUUGUGGGCCAUUCUAAAUAAAAUAAAAAUCCACACAUACAGUAUAUUAGUAGGCUAUAUGUAAAGACCAGAUUAAAUUAAAUAUAGUCUGAUUGGUGAGAAUAUUAUCAAGUACUUGUCAAAUUGUGAAUGAGAGACUGAUGAAGUUUGUGCAGCCUGUGCAAGAAACAGAGCAGAGCUCAUGCCUUUCAUGUGACUGUUUUCAAAUCAUCAUUAGUCGCAUCAUACAGCCUUAGGCAAUAUUUUUAGAUUUGUAAUACAUUCUAACUUUUGUACACAACUAAAGUUGCAUAAAUUACUUUAAAUUAAGCAUAUAGGAGUACCUGUUUCUUUGUUAACCGCUCAACACAGAAUAGCCGCAUGUGCGCACUCCCUCUGGAAACGUUUCUAUUUUAUUCAGCUAUGUUCAAUUGUAUUCUUUAUACUAUAAAAUAAUGCCACAGAAUUCUAAGCAAAUCUUGUCUGCUAAAUGAACUAGUGUAGCCCACAGCCAUAUGGCAUAGCCAGAUAAGGGCCUAUAACCUAAGGACAACUAAGAAUAUGCUAUUCUGUUCUUCUGAAAUAGGCUGCAUUUUUACAGUUUGUUUAGACCUGUCUAAAAUAAAUAAUGGAUUUAUUGUGAUUGUGUAGGCUAUAUUAAAUGGAUUUGUUAGACUUUUUCAAAUGUAGAUGUUCCAAAUGUCUGCAUCAGUGGUUUGUAGGCUAUGCGUGGAAGCCAGGAGAUUGUAAACGUGUUUAUGUUAAUGAACGGUCAAUUACCGUGAGACCGGCAGUUAUUUGCAUGACAGUUACAGGCUGACAAAAUGUAAUGACCGCAACAGCCCUAGUAGUGGCCUGAUAGUUUGCAGAAAACUAACUAGCUAGCAUUAUCAAUCUGUUAUUACCUGAGCAUAUAUAUAUAUUGGGAUGAUUCGCUUUCAGAUGUUUCUUGAGAAUGGUUGUGUUUUUCCCUGUCAAUUUGUCAGUGCAAACGCAGUCUUCUCCCGUGGAGACAUUGCAUUCGGUCUUGUUUGAAUCGACAUAAGUAAAGUAGCUCCAAAUGUCGCCUCUUCUUCUACCGGGAGCUUGUACCACCGGGAGUGUAGCCACGGCGUGUGCCUUAUUUGCAUCAACGAUUUGUUGCCACCAGAUUGUAGAACGGUUGCCAUGUAGAGAGGUGACUCGUGAAUGACCUGGGCAUGGUAUUUAUUUCCUGACUGCAGCAUUGCAACAUUGCAAUGAGAAAGCCUUACAUUUCUGCUGUCAUGCAUUCUUUUGAUUGGACCAAGCAAAUAACAUUGACAAGCUCUCAAUCUCUCCAAAAACUCCUGUCCAGUCCAUUUACUAGUCAGAUUUGAGUCCGAAAUAAUUUAGUCAAAUUUUCGUCACCAGAAAUGAAAAAUCUUUUUAGUUUAGUUAUUUCUGGGUCUAUUUAGUCAGUUAUCGUCUCGUAAGUUGCCAGUGAAAAAUAGUUGUUUGACAAAUAUUUUCGUCACUAUUUUUGUUGACGAAAUGAACACUGGUAUAACACUAUAUUCUCUAUCUCCAGGUGUUGUGUUGUGUGGACAAACAGGGUGUAUUAUCCUGGCCUAACCCCAGUCCAGAGACCGUGUUGUUCUUCAGUGGUCGCGUGGAGCCGCCUCACAACGACAGUCAGGAAGACCUGCGAGACGACCUGUCAGUCAACUCCUUCUGCCGCAUGGAGACCGACGAUGACCGUGACGAGGUGUGUGUGUGUGUGUUUUUCAUCAAUUAUUAUUCAUCUUCUCCUGUUCUUGCAUACUAAAAUCAGAUGUUUCAUUCCAUUACAUAUAAGGGCUCUUAUUGGCUAUGAAUUCCUGUAAGUGACAUUUAAACCUCUGUAGUUAUAGAAUGUCAAUGAUGAUAGUAUUGCUCUCUGUUAUAGUAUCUAGUUCCCAUUGUCUUCUGUCAGAGGGCGUCAUUCUAACGCGACACGUUAUCUGACGUGAGACCAUGAUCUACUUCCUUUAAACAUCUGAGGUAGUGACUGAGACACGUGUGAUAGUUGAUAGAAUCUUUUCAGUGAUUGAAAGAGUGUUGUCUGAUGUGGCUGUUCAUCCUAUCUGUCAGACCCAGGAGGGGGAGGCUCUGCUGUGUAUGCCAAUGAUGGAAGGAAUGGGGAACGGGCAUGAGCCCAGUGAGACUUCACAUGACACUGGCCGUUCCGAGGACACAGUUCAGCCUCGGUGGCAGGCGCGGGAGACACGCACCAAACACCCCUCAGGAUCUAAUGUCAGCUUCAGCCACAACACAGAGGGAGGGGACCAGGGCCCUGAACAGGUAAUGAACGCGCAUGCGCACACACACACACACACACACACACACACACACACACACACACACACACACACACACACACAUCCUGUAAACCAGUCUUUUGUCAUCACUAUCUUACUACACAGAAUUCGUUCCCCUCCUUUUUCCCCUCUCUCGCCACCCCUCUCUCAGGACAUGGUGGGUUGCUGUGACAACGAAGCGGAGGACUACGUGUGUGACUACCACCUGGAGAUGCUGAGUCUGUCACAGGACCAGCAGAACCCGGUGAGUAUCCAGUUUGACGAGCAGGGCUGGCAGUGUCACCUGCCCAGCCUCAAGCCCCUGGGCCUCAACAUCCUGCUCAACCUGUGCAAUGCCAGCGUCACCCAGCAGCUCUGCCGCUUCUCCGACCAUCUCAGUAACCUGGCACUGCAAGAGAGCCAUGGGGCCGUGCUGCCCGUCCACGUGCCCUGGGGACUGUGUGAGCUGUCCAGGCUUAUAGGUGAGGAGAAGGAAGGGAAGAGAUGCGCGCGCGCACACACACACACACAUGUACGCACACAUGUACGCACACACGUACGUACGCACGCAUGCAUACAGACACACACACACACCUAUGCACUUACCCUGUGGACUAUGUGAACUCUCCAGCCUCAUACAGAACACCACACACACUGACCCCUUCUCUUCCACUCUUUUUCUUCCUGUGUGAUUCUCAGGGUUCACUCCCGGGGCGAGGGAGCUGUUUAAACAGGAGAACCACCUAGCUCUGUACCAGCUGCCCUGUGGGGAGAAGGCCAAGGAGUCUGUCCCUCGACGCCUACACAACUUCACCAAGAGACAACCUCCCAUCAGCCACCUCAUUUCCCUCUUCAUCAGAGACUCCUCUUCCAGUGAGAAUAGCUCUAUAGCGCUUUUGUUCUUUUUGUCUUUCUUCCCUCUCACUUGUCUCUCUGUCUCACGCCAUCUCUCUGGUUUCUCACUCGCUCUCUCCAUCUCUUACCCUCCUCUUCUUUAGCCUUCACCUCUUUCUUGGAAUUGUUUUGUUGCACCUCUGUGACCUCUGACCCCUGACCUCUCAACCCUAGAUAACGUCCAGAUGUUGUCUCACGGCUCAGCUGACCUCAUCCUGGAGGCCUGCACUGACGUCUGGGACGGAUCCGACAUCUACCCCCUCUCUGGCUCCGACAGGUCAGAACAGCCUUAUAGCAGCCUGAUGACAACCUUAUGUAGUCUUAUCACAGCCUUAUAGCAGCCUUAUAACAACCUAAUAAGCAGACCUGGUGCCAGGAUAAUGUGACUAAGGGGGCAGUUGAAAUUGAUGAGGGGGCACAAUUUGGGGGGGUUCUUGCAUUGGAAUUAUAUUGAAUUCUGCUUAUAUCACACUAUACCACAAUAAACAUAAAGUUCAAAUGUCGAGAUUCUCCGGGACCAUUGAUUGAGUGCUUUUGAAGUGUCAGGUUGGUGUAAGAUCUGUAGCCUAUAUCCACUGCGCUAUAUCAGCCCAAUGAACAGUGCCCAACACACAAAAGCAAGGCCGUUUUGGUAAAGAAUAUAGGCUACAAGAUAGGGUAAUUCAACUAUUACAAACAGCCUAUGUGAAUGCAACCAUACACACAGCUGUCUUGCCAAAAUAAUGCAAACUAAAUGCUGAAAGUAGUAGCCUUGUUAUUCAUGCGUGCAAACAACAAUACUGAAUAGCAGUUUGGCUUAGAAUGCCGACACAACUGCGAAUGCGAACGAAUGAAUGCAAACAGAACAAAACAGCGGUACCAAGUAGGCCUAGUAAACAAAAUAUCAGAUCGAUAAAGGCAUGACACAAUCUAUAUUUAGGCUAGUUACAGUAAACAAACGCAGUAAACAAAAGGCGAAUGGAGAUCCAAAUAACCAAACACAGCCUACUACAGUGAGAUGCAGCCAUGCACAGCUGUCUUGCCAAACAAAUAGACCUAUAGGCCCGCUUCAAACAUGGAAAACCAUGCCACUGAUGAGUACAGAAACACGUUGUGAUAUGUCACAAUACGCUUACGUGAAUCAAAUUCGACCCACGUAAGCAAUGCCAGUCUACCAUAAACACGUUUCCAAUACGUACAGUUCAAUUUACAACCAUGAAAACCAAUAGGCUACCAAGAAAACCAUAAUGUAUUUAUUUCUAUGAUGAAACAUACCGAUAUGUAGCUAUACCCAGGGGCGCCAUUUGGGUUCUUGCAUUGGAAUUAUAUUGAAUUCUGCUUAUAUCACACUAUACCACAACAAACAUAAAAGCCUACAUGCAUUAUUAACUCUUUAUAUGUCUACCCCCCUACAGGAAGAAAGUUCUGGACUUCUACCAGCGUGCCUGUCUGUCGGGCUACUGCUCUGCCUUUGCCUACAAGCCCAUGCAGGUGUCCCUGUCCAACCAGCUCAAUGGGAAAUGUGUGGAGCUAGCCCCCGGCCCCAACCUCUUCUCUGGGGUUGAACUGCCCUCCACCACCCCUAUCAAAUACGGCUCCCGCAGGAAUUCCUGGAGCUCUGAUGGUAAGGGAGGAGAGUCGAGAGGGAUUGAGGGAGGAGAGAGGAGAGAAUGUGAAGAGAGGAUGAUGCAGUGAGGGAGGUGCAGCUACAAUAUGUGUUUUGUGUUGUACCUUAGUGUGACUUUUGCUUGUAUUUAUUUUUGUGUCUUGUCCCCCUCCUCUCUUUCUCUCUCUCUCCCCCUACAUCUCUCCAUAGAGGGUAUAGGAGAAGGUGUGGAGAAGGAUGACUGUGUUCAGGCUCUGAGUGGUCAGAUCUUCAUGGGGAUGGUGUCAUCACAGUUCCAGGCUCGUCUGGACACGGUCAGGCUCAUAGACGCUCUGGUCACCGCCUGCAUACGCUUUGUUUACUUCUCUAUGGAGGAUGAACUACGCAGCAAGGUGGGUGUGUUUGCUGAGAUGUUUGUGAUGAUGGUGAUGAUGUGGUCCUGUAUGGUGUGUUAGGUGUUUGCUGAGAAGAUGCUGAUGAUGGUGAUGACAAUGGUGAUAAUGAUGUCUGCCUGUCUGUCCUGUGUAUGUGUAAGGUGUUUGCAGAGAAGAUGGGCCUGGAGACAGGGUGGAACUGUCACAUCUCUCUGACCCCAAACAGGGACAGUCCCUGUGAUGGCGCCCCUAACAGCCCCGGCCAGGACUCCCUACAUGAUGACCUGCACCAAGACUCCCGAGAUGAGGCAGAGGGGCCGUUGUUACCAGAGGAGGAGACUGCUGAUGUUCCCAGCUUCCUGGAAGACUGCAACAGAGUACAGGACAAAUACUGUUUGUCUUUCCUUCUCUCUUCUCUUUUCUUCAUGUCUUCUCUUCGGAACUGUGACUUACACCUGUUUCUUGCUAACCCUUCUCUCUCUCUCUCUCCAGGCGAAGCUACCUCGUGGUAUCCACCAGGUUCGUCCUCACCUGAAGAACAUUGACAACGUGCCUCUGUUGGUGCCUCUCUUCACCGACUGUACCCCAGAGAGUGAGUCAGAACAUAUUACAGUUCACUUCAUGUACAUGAAUCAACCUUUUCUGUUUUUCAAAAACCUUUUUAUUUGGUACAGAGACAUUCCCAUCUUUAAUAUACAAAUCAAUUGACCAUGGUAUAUCAGUUCAUUUAAUCACAAGAUAUGCAAUGUAGCUAUGCUUGUUAAAGCUACACUGAACAAAAAUAUAAACGCAACAUGUAAAGUGUGGUUUCAUGAGCUGAAAUAAAAGAUCCCUGAAAUUUUCCAUGCGCACAAAAAGCUUAUUUCUGUCAAAUUUUAGACACAAAUUUGUUUACAUCCAUGUUAGUGAGCAUUUCUCCUUUGCCAAGAUAAUCCAUCCACCUGACAGGUGUAGCAUAUCAAGAUGCUGAUUAAACAGCAUGAUCAUUACACAGGUGAACCUUGUGCUUGGGACAAUAAAAGGCCACUCUAAAAUGUGCAGUUUUGUCAUACAACACAAUGCCACAGAUGUCUCAAGUUUUGAGGGAGCAUGCAAUUGGCAUGCUGACUGCAGGAAUGUCCCCCAGAGCUGUUGCCAGAAAAUCUAAUGUUAAUUUCUCUACCAUAAACCGCCUCCAAUGGCGUUUUAGAGAAUUUGGCAGUACGUCCAACUGGCUUCACAACUGCAGGCCAUGUGUAUGGCGUUGUGUGGGCGAGCGGUUUGCUGAUGUCAACGUUGUGAACAGAGUGCCCCAUGGUGGGGUUAUGGUAUGGGCAGGCAUAAGGUACGGACAGCGAACACAAUUGCAUUUUAUUGAUGGCAAUUUGAAUGCACAGAGAUACCGUGACGAGAUCCUGAGGCCCAUUGUCGUGCCAUUCAUCUGCCGCCAUCACCUCAUGUUUCAGCAUGAUAAUGCACGGCCCCAUGACGCAAGGAUAUGUACACAAUUCCUGGAAGCUGAAAAUGUCCCAGUUCUUCCAUGGCCUGCAUACUCACCAGACAUGUCACCCAUUGCACAUGUUUGGGAUACUCUGGAUUGACGUGUACGACCGUGUCCCAGUUCCCGCUAAUAUCCAGCAACUUCGCACAGCCCUUGAAGAGGAGUGGGAUAACAUUCCACAGGCCACAAUCAACAGCCAUAUCAACUCUAUGCAAAGGAUGAGGCAAAUGGUGAUUACACCAGAUACUGACUGGUUUUCUGAUCCACGUCAUGUGAAAGCCAUAGAUUAGGGCCUAAUGAAUUUAUUUCAGUUGACUGAUUCCCUUAAUUUAACUGUAACUCAGUAAAAUCUUUGAAAUUGUUGCACGUUGCGUUUAUAUUUUUGCUCAGUAUACAUGUGUGAGAGUGUUCUAGCAUGUUCUAAAUCUUUGUGUGUGUGUGUAGCCAUGUGUGAGAUGAUAAAGAUCAUGCAGGAGAACAGAGAGGUGACGUGCUGCCUGGGGAGCUCCGCCAACUUCCGCAAUAGCUGCCUCUUCCUACAGAGCGACCUCAGGUACACACAGUCACAUGAAACAAACGCAUGUCACAAACACAGCAGCUAUUGCCUAGUUCAUUUAUAAAUAGUCUAUGGUGUGCAUCCAUACAUUCACUUACAACCACAUUACACAACUGCUUCAUGAAGAGUCACACUGUUCCUGAUAAACAAAGAUAAAUAACAACAAAAAACAGUUUCCUAACCCUCUUUUCCCUCCUGUCCUCCCCCCAGCAUUGCCCUGGACCCCCUGUACCCGUCUCGGUGUUCGUGGGAGACGUUUGGCUACGCUACAGGAGCAGGGCUGAACGGGGAGAUGGAGGGUCUGUCUCCCCUCAGUCUGUCUGGUCAACUCAACACCCUGGCCUCUUCUGUCACCUUCCACCAGGGGGAGUCUGUCAGCAUGGUCAAACUCAUAGAACAGGUGAGACACAUACGCGCACGCAUACACACACACAGAGAUACAAUAUAUGUAUUUUACGUGUAUGAUUCCCUUCCAGGCGCGUCACACCACGUACGGCAUCCGCAAGAGCUUUCUCUUCCUGUUGCAGUGUCAGCUGACCCUGGUCCUCAUCCAGGUGAGAGAGAACACAACUAUACUUCGCCUCGCUAAAGCAUUCUUGAAAUACUAAUGCUGUUUAUUUUUGCUAUAAUAAAAGAGCUGGGGAUGCAACAGUUUUAACUGAAUAUUUGAUGAAGGUAUUGUUUUUCCCUCCCGUUGUGUAGUUUCUGGCCUGCCUAGCCCAGCUCCCUCCUCCCAUGAACAUCACUGACAUCCUCUGGCUGUCCUGCUUCAGCUGUCCGCUGCUCAGGUACCACUGCUACUAACCAUAUAGGUUUCACACUCAAAUUCUAUAUAGUAUAACAGCAUUAUACAUGAUAACCAUGUCUAUGUGUGUUGUGUUGGCAGUGUGUCAUUUUUAGGAAAGCCACCAGAAGGUUCUGUGAUGAACGUGGCCACAGGGAAGAACCAAGAUGCCAUCCCCAGAAAGGUACGUACUAUAGUUUACCCACACCAGCCCGGUUUUAGACAUAUCACUUUACACUUUAGACCAGGGCUGUUCCUGGAGAGCUACCGUCCUGUAGGCUUUCUCUCCGACCCUAAUCUGGCGCACCUGAUUCUAAUAAUUAGCUGGUUGAUAAGCUGAAUCAGGUUAGUUACAGCUUGGGUUGGAGCGGAAACCUACAGGAGGGUAGCUCUCCAGGAACAGGGUUGGAGAGCCCUGCUUUAGACUACGCUAAGUUUAUAAGGAUUUUCAUGAUUGGCCAACUCCAAAUAUGCGCCCUUCACCUCUUCUAGUUCUGAAUCAGAUGUGUAUUAUCGAUAUCUUAAUCAUGACAUGUGUACCAUGGCAUUCCUUUUAACAUCUUGAUUUGUGUAUGUCUACUUACUGCAGACGCAGAACUACUUCCUGGGUUGUUUCCUGUUGAAGUUUGGCCUGACCGUGUGUGCCUACCUGCUGGGCUUUGGCUUCACGCUGCACGAGGUCUGCCUGAGGGCCAACAACCUAACACUGGCAGAGAACACCACCAUCAGCUGUACUGAUAUCCUCAGGGUCAGUUCAGCUCACGACGCUCCCCAUUGGUUCAGGGAGCUGUCCAACGGCCUGCUGCUCACUCAGAAGGUCAUGGCUGGGUUCCUGGCCCUGCACACAGGUAGGAGGAGCUCUCUGUGGCACUCUCACCCCUGCAUCUAUCAAGUCAGGUUGUAUCCCAAAUGGCACUUUAUUUCCUAUAUAGUCCACUACUUUUGACCAGGGCACUAUAUAGAGGGAAUAGGUUGCCAUUUCAGACGUAGCCUCAGUGGCUUCUAUCCUGCUCCUGGAGAGCCCAGGUUCAUGUGCGUAUCUUUACAUUUUAUUUUAUUUAUAUUUCUCUCGCCCUCCCUCUUUCCCAGUGGUCAUCUCUCUGAGCUAUGUCCAUCGCUCCCAGCCGCUGUGGAAGAAGAACCCCUUCAGCAACACCUGGUGGUGCCUCACUGUCCCUAUUGUGUAAGUGUGUGCCUGUGUAGCCUAACUGUUUCGAACAAGUAUUAAGCAGCAGCUGCAAUAGAGAAGUUUCCGCUUUUUUGGCAUCAACUGAUACUCUUUUCUCACUCUUUCGGUCUUCCCCUCCCUUCCUCCCCACCUCCAGUCUUCUGGGUCAGUUGGUGCAGGCCACGGUGGACUACCAGCUGUGGCAGGACCGGUCGGGACAUUUGACCUUUGACCUGAAGGACAUCCCCAUGCUGGCCUGGCUGCUGGUCUCCUUGUCCUCCCUGGUGGUGGUGCUGCUCAAUGAGGCCGUCAAACUACACGAGAUACGGUAAGAUGAGGAAGGAGAGGAGAGGAGAGGGAGGGUGAGGGGAGGAAAGAAGGGGAGAGGAUGGUGGGAUAAUGUCAUGUGGGGGGAAAAACGGUUCUUAUGUGUUGAUCUGUCCAUUCCUUCUGUCUGCAGGGUGAGGGUUCGCUACCAGAAGAGACAGAAGCUACAGUUUGAGACCAAACUAGGGAUGAACUCUCCCUUC